CGGCGGUCGGUUCACCAACAACAGAUUUAUGAUUUUUAUGAUUUCAUUGAAAAUAAAAAAAAAAAACCUCUGACUUCGUGUCCUUGUUGAUCUCUUCCUCGUGUUUGAGCGAGUCUUCAGUUUCCUUUGUUCCGAAUAACGCAGGGCCUCGCACAGGGGACAAUUAGCAUAUAGAAAUUUGCAAGAAAAUUAUGAAGCGAGUAUCGUACCACGCGCCGCACUGUAAAUAGAUGAGGUCCUACUUGGCGCGGUUUUUACCUCCUUUCAGUAGGAGCGCAGAGGCGUAUAGUCCUGCCGCUCUAUGCUUACUAGCACCAUCGCAAUGAAAGCGUCUCUCUUUCCUGCCGUGAGAAACAAAGCACCGGCUGCGCAAGCAAAAAUAAACCAUGCUCAUCAACAUCGUUGGCAUCAUCUACAUCCUUGCGGGCAUUUUGCCCUGCAUGAUGCUGUUCAUCGCCAAGGAUGACAUGUGCGAUGUAUGAACUGCAAAAGCAUCGUACCCGUAGUAAUUGCAGUCAUGCAUCACAGAUCUUUUCCUUAAGGUAAAUCCGCAUUACAGAUUUAAUUUGUAAUGGUAAGGCAAUUUGUAAUGCAUCUUUACGAGUGCGAUACAAUACUUUUGCAGUGCAUACGAUGGAUCCAGCGACAACCCUGACUGCCCACACCCAUCCGUUUCCGACGUGGAGCACCAAUCCGACCUCCGACCGGCUAUAAUCGCGACCAGUGUGCUCCGGUUGUUCGUGUGCGGAGGGAUACUCCUCGUUUCCGGCGUGAAUACAGAAAUGACAUCAAAUAGUCCGAUAAAACCCACGACAAGAAGCAGUGCAGGAGCUUCAGCCGACGAUACAGAGAUUUCCUGUGACUGCGUCGCCUGCAAGCCGCUUUUCAUCGUCGGCUGGGCGAUCUGCGAUAUUGUGCAGCUGAUGGUCUCGAACAAAUCCAACGCGACGAUGCACAAUACGCAUUGCAAAAGUGUCGCACUAGCUCUAGUAUAAAUUGCAUUACAAAUAAUUUUCUCAGGAGCAAAAAUGCUAUUUGUCAUGCUAGUUCAGGUAGAGAAUUGGAUUUGUCAUGCAUAACUGCAAUUGUUACGAGUGCGAUACUUUUGCAGAUGAUGCACAACGUGUUUUCCCAACUCGCGCAGAUUUGUCUCGUCUUGUCGCAUUGGAUCCACAUCAGAGGGGUGUUUUCGUCCGGUGGCGGCAGCGGGUCUGGGUCUGGCAUGAAGACCAGUCCAGAAAGUAGUACUUCUGUCGGAGGGAUGAACGGCAGUCCGGAAAUAGCGUUUGCCUGUGGGAUGCUGGCCGUUCUUGCGAUGAUGGCCUUGAUCGGUGUGGGUUUCUUCUUGAUGGCGAAUUUAGGAAAUACAAGCGCGAACGUCGCGUGGUCAAAUGCGCAGUGGAUGGCCGUGGGCAUGCAGGCAGGACUGUUUUUCUGUACGGGAUUCACGAUACUUUGACGAGGAAGUAGAAUGGCAGCUGCUUCUUGGAGAGCCUCAUAAUUCUCAGUUUCACUUCCAUUCUCAGUGACAGCCCAGCCCUUUUGUCGUUUUAUUAAGAUAAGUUCAAGUUCUGCGCAGGAGACUUUCAGACACAAGAACAUCGUGCUGCCAACAGCGCUUCCCACCUAGGGAGUCGAUAAUCGAUUUUGCGCGAAAUUAAUAAUCAUGUUCCUGUUCUUCUUCACACUUCGGUUGAGAAGCUUCUCUGUUCGACGAUGUGUUUUCUGUUGAAUCAAAGGCGUGG